UUAUGCAAAUCAGGCCUGAAUAUUUAAACUUAGGGUUGUGCUCUCCAAUAAUCCGAACCAGAACUCCAAAAGUCCAACGAUCGUCAACAAUCAUGGCCCCUGCUCGUCAGUCGGCCCGCUCAAACCCUCGCUCAAUCCUUCGCUGAUCAGUGAUCACCGCUCGUCCGCUCCCCGCUGGAAUCAAUCAGGAUCAGAUUCAAAACAAAUUGUUGCAUAAUUUUGCUCAUGAUAGAUGAAUAAUGCAGAAUAUAGGUAAUGGAGAAUUGGAAAUUAUUUGACCAGAAAGUCAAUGCAUCGUAAAUUGUGAUCUCCACCCUAUUUGAACUUUUUUAGUUCUCCAAUAUACGUCUAAUUUUCAGAAGAGAAUACUCCUCACAACUUCCAUAGUCGGUACUAAUUUAUCCGAUCCCAUUUCCAAAUCAGUCACUAUCGACAUGUCGGAACUUUUGCUGAUCACAAAAUCGUAUCUUUUCUGAGAGUCAUAUAUGUAAUGAGUAAGUAAUUGCUUAGGCAGUUCAUCCACCAAAUUGUGUGUGAUCUGAUCCCUCUUGGACAUCGAAGAAGAUUUGUGAUGGUUACAAUGAUGAUAUUGAAUUUUAUAGUUUGAUUGUUGUGGUAAACACGUGAAUCUGAUGCAAUCCGGUGAAAACAAGAAGUUGAAAUACUCGAAUUUGACAUGCAAGAGCAAGAUGCCUCAGCCAGACAGUGUUGAUGAGCAGAUUCCUUUUUCAAUUGAGAAGAUAGUGCAGUACCCAUUACCCGGUUACGGUUCUCCAACUUCAGUUAAUUUUAGUCCUGAUGAUAAUCUUAUAUCUUACUUGUAUAGUCCGGAUCAAACAUUAAACAGAAAAGUCUUCAUCUUUGAUCUCACAACUUGUAAGCAAGAAGUGUUUUUUAGCCCACCCGAUGGUGGUCUUGAUGAAGAUAAUCUAUCAGAAGAAGAGAAGUUUAGAAGGGAAAGAUCAAGAGAGCGUGGUUUGGGGGUGACACGCUAUGAAUGGGUGAAAACAAGCUCCAAGAAGACCACAAUCAUGGUGCCUUUGCCUGCUGGGAUAUAUUUCAUGGAUCGUUCUUUACAACCACAGCUGAAGCUUCCCAGUGAUACCUCUCCCAUUGUUGAUCCACAUCUUUCUCCGGAUGGUACUAUGCUUGCUUAUGUAAGAAACCAUGAACUACACGCAUUAGAUCUUUUGUACAACAGGUCCAAACGCUUGACAUCUGGCGCUAAUGGGACCACUAAGACACAUGCUGUAGCCGAGUAUAUCGCACAGGAAGAGAUGGAUCGAAGGAAUGGUUACUGGUGGUCCCCAGACAGCAAAUGCAUAGCUUUUACGGAGGUGGAUUCAUCUGAAAUACCUGUUUACAGAAUCAUGCACCAGGGUAAGACUACAACCGGUUCAGAGGCUCAAGAAGAACACGCCUACCCUUUUGCGGGGGCCACAAAUGUGAAGGUCCGUCUUGGUGUUGUCCCUGUUAUUGGUGGGGCCGUCACCUGGAUGGAUCUUUGCUGCGGUGGGAGUGGGACCGAUGGUGAAAACGAGUAUUUAGCUAGAGUCAACUGGAUGCAUGGAAAUGCCGUGAUCGCCCAAGUAUUAAACAGGUCUCAUUCCAAACUUAAGCUCCUCAAGUUUGACAUCAAAACAGGCAAAGGAAAAUGCAUCUUUGUUGAAGAACACGACAAGUGGAUCAAUCUGCACGAUUGCUUCACGCCUUUGGAUAAAGGAGGCGGGUUUUUAUGGGCCAGUGAAAAAACUGGAUAUAGACAUGUUUAUCUGCAUGAUGAAAACGGUGUGUGCAUGGGACCCAUAACGCAAGGUGAAUGGAUGGUUGAACAGAUUGUCGGGGUGAAUGAAGCCUCCGGGUUCAUAUAUUUCACCGGAACCUUAGACGGGCCUCUCGAGUGUCAUCUUUAUCGUGCUAAACUGUCUCUUCCAGCAAAUGAAUUAGAAAGGCCGGUGAAGCUGACACCUGGUAAGGGAAAACACAUUGUGGUGCUUGAUCAUCAGAUGCAGAAAUUUGUAGAUAUUCAUGAGUCUCUGGAUUCGCCUCCUAGAGUGUCACUCUGCUCGUUGCAUGAUGGGUCCCUGAUUAGGUGUCUUUAUGAGCAACAAGCGGCUACAAUCCCAAGAGUGAAGAAAUUACAGAUCGACCCUCCAAAGAUGUUUGAAAUCCAAGCGAAAGACGGGACGCUUCUAUACGGGGCUUUAUAUAAACCGGACGAAGCAAAAUUCGGACCUCCGCCUUAUAAAACCAUGAUUGCUGUGUAUGGUGGUCCGGGUGUACAGCUUGUGAGCGAUUCGUGGGCCAACACUGUUGAUAUGAGAGCUCAGUUUCUUAGAAGUAAAGGCAUCCUAGUAUGGAAGAUGGAUAACAGGGGUAGCUUGAGGCGAGGGCUGGAGUUUGAAAGUGCAGUGAAGUACAAUUUUGGGCGUUAUGACGCGGAGGACCAGGUGGCGGGAGCGGAAUGGCUGAUAAAAGAAGGGCUGGCGAAAGCGGAGCACAUUGGGCUGUACGGGUGGAGCUACGGAGGAUACCUGUCGGCCAUGGCACUGUGUCGGUUUCCGGAGAUGUUCAGGUGUGGGGUUGCCGGUGCGCCUGUGAGCUCAUGGGACGGGUAUGAUUCGUUUUACACAGAGAAGUAUAUGGGUAUGCCGGAUGAAAACAAAACGGGUUAUUGGUUCGGGUCGGUGAUGAACCAUGUGGGCAAGAUGAAAGGGAAGCUUUUGUUGGUUCACGGGUUGAUUGAUGAGAAUGUUCAUUUCAGGCAUACGGCCCGCCUUUUGAAUGCCUUGGUGGCUGCUCGCAAGCCGUACGAGCUGUUGCUGUUCCCGGAUGCACGCCAUAUGCCUCGCCCUCUCAAGGAUCGCCUUUACAUGGAACAAAGAAUUUGGGACUUCAUUCAAACCGCUUUAUGAAUAACUAUUUUUUUUUUUUUUUUUCUCAGCUCACCUGUUUUACUUUUAUUUUAUGACCAUAUAAUAUACAAAAAUAUGAUGGAUUGGAUGGUGUUGGACUCAAACAAGAUUUCAUUUCUCAA